AUGGAACAAAUUAUUGAAGAAAAGCAAUGCUUGGGAGCUGAAGUUUUUGUUAGAUUAUUCCUGGAUGAGAUAUCUCAGAUUUUGAAGAUGUUGGACCUCAAACACAUACUCUUCUUAUCAGCUCUGUUUUUGAUGACUUGUUUUGAGGAGGGAUGGAUAUGCUCUGCAGCUAGACUGGCUCAAGAUGAAGUGGAUGCUCUCAGUGAAAUCAUGACCAAAAUGGGAUCUACUUUCUGGAAGUUCAACCCAGAAUCAUGCAAGGUGGAAAUGGUGGGUGUAACACUGGAGAUGCCAGAGAAAUCCAAGGCCAACGUUUCUUGUAAUUGUGAAUACGCGAACAAUACUCUAUGCCACGUUCAAAGAAUGUAUGCUUCCUAUUUUCUCUCUCUCAAAAUAUGUACAUACUAA